AGAAUUUGUUAAAAGUGGCCCGCAAACCGGAAACAGGUUGGAAGCGUAGCAGAAAUUCUCGCGAGAAAUAGUUACCGUUGCCUCCAGAGAGGGGCGGAGGCUCAGAGGUGCACCUCGUGGGAACUGUCGCUGGAUCUGAAUCGGGCAGACGUCCAGUUUGAGAUUAGGUGGGAAUUGGAACCGUGGAGAUGCGCAAGGAAACCCCGCCUCCUCUAGUGCCGCCGGCGGCCCGCGAAUGGAACCUUCCUCCUAAUGCGCCCGCCUGUAUGGAACGGCAGCUGGAGGCUGCGCGGUACCGGUCUGAUGGGGCGCUUCUGCUUGCCGCCUCCAGCCUUAGUGGCCGCUGCUGGGCCGGCUCCCUCUGGCUUUUCAAGGACCCAUGUGCUGCACCCAAUGAAGGCUUCUGCUCCGCUGGAGUCCAGACGGAGGCCGGAGUGGCUGACCUCACUUGGGUGGGGGACAGAGGUAUCCUAGUGGCCUCUGAUUCAGGUGCUGUUGAAUUGUGGGAGCUGGAUGAGAAUGAGACACUUAUUGUCAGCAAGUUCUGCAAGUAUGAGCACGACGACAUUGUGUCUACAGUCAGUGUCCUGAGCUCCGGCACACAAGCUGUCAGUGGUAGCAAAGACUUCUGCAUCAAGAUUUGGGACCUUGCUCAGCAGGUUGUACUGAACUCAUACAGAGCUCAUGCGGGACAGGUUACCUGUGUUGCUGCCUCUCCCCACAAAGAUUCCAUGUUUCUUUCAUGUAGUGAGGACAAUAGAAUUUUACUCUGGGAUACCCGAUGUCCCAAGCCAGCAUCACAGAUGAGCUGCAGUGCCUCUGGCUACCUUCCUACCUCCCUGGCUUGGCAUCCUCAGCAAAGUGAAGUCUUUGUCUUUGGUGACGAAAAUGGGGCUGUGUCCCUUGUGGACACGAAGAAUGCAAGCUGUGCCCUCAGUUCAGCUGUGCACACCCAGUGUGUCACCAGGCUGGUGUUUUCCCCACACAGUGUUCCCUUCCUGGCCUCCCUCAGUGAAGACUGCUCCUUGGCUGUGCUGGACUCGAGCCUUUCUGAGGUGUUUAGAAGCCGAGCCCACAGAGACUUUGUGAGAGAUGCUACUUGGUCCCCACUCAAUCACUCCCUCCUUACCACGGUGGGGUGGGACCAUCAAGUCAUUCACCAUGUUGUACCUACAGAACCUCUCCCAGACCUCAGACAUGAGAGUGCUGCUGAGUAGAUUGUAUUUAAGAAAAAGGCAGACCCACAUGUGAUUCACUCCUUUGUUCCUGCCUCAGUUUGUGAGACAACACAGGAGACUUGUGUAGUGUUUCGAUGCCCUAGAUCUGUGAAGUUAAUAGUCAUUGUAUUUUAGCCUGAGGGAAGCUGGAUUCUGGGAUCCUUUAGUUGAUGGAAGGAAAAACUUGGUUGGCAGUGGGUACAUCAGUGGGUACAUGUGUGUAUGUGUGUAUAUAU